GCUCUUUCUCCACACAUGAAUUACCAGAAGAAUCUCGAGGUGUAUGAUGAGGGCAAAUGUGGAGAAGGUAGCACAAAAGGAACGUGCAAAAUGGUUACCGAAUGCCCCGUAGCCGCGGCCGCAAUACGAAACAAACAACAUCAUGGCUUGGAAAGGUGCGGAUUUGAAGGUAUAACCGAAGUCGUGUGUUGUCCCGAAGAGGAAACGGAUUCUCGAACUCAAAUCGUUACACGGAAGAGUGAUCAUGCAUGUAAAGAAUAUGUUAAAGGCCUGCCUCCAGACAUAACGUUUCUAAUACUGAAAGGAGAUAAUGCCACUUUGGGAGAAUUUCCACACAUGGCAGCUUUAGGAUAUUUGUACGACGAUGAUGUCGAGUACAAAUGGGAAUGUGGCGCUUCUCUAAUAAGUAGCAAUUUUGUAUUGACAGCGGCGCAUUGUUUAGUUAGAACAGAUAACAAGUCUCCGACAAAGGUUCGUAUGGGAGUAAUAGAUACUACCGGCAGUGACAAAGUUGAAGCUCUCGACGUAAAUAUUAAAAAAAAGUACGUCAAUCCCCAAUAUCAACAUCGACAGAAAAGGCAUGACAUCGCGUUACUGGAACUGGAAACGCCGAUCACGAAAAGUAAAUACGUUCAUCCUGCUUGUCUUUAUCAAGAAGGGAACGAUCCCAUUGGAUUAGUUGUAACGGGUUGGGGACUUACAAGUCAAAGCGGCGAUCCCAGUACCAUUCUUCAAAAGGCAACACUCGAACCAGUACCAGUACCUACUUGCACCAAAUACUAUGAAGCACGUUCAAGCAGACCGAUUUUAAACUUUCAAAUAUGCGCAAUGUCAGAUGACGGUAGAGAUACCUGUUCUGGUGAUUCGGGUGGUCCACUUCAAGUACAACAGGAGCCAAGUACCAUUUACACGAUAGUCGGUAUAACUUCGUACGGAAUUGGGUGCGGAGGUAAAAAUCCGGGGGUUUAUACAAGGGUUUCCGCUUAUCUAGACUGGAUCGAGAGUAUAGUCUGGCCUUAACAUAAUGUCAUCUCCUUAGGAUCUAUUUUAAAUGCCUGCACUGAUACUCGAAUUGUGAUUAUUUUGAUUUGUGAAGUUGUAGUUCCCAAUACACUUACUUAAGUACUCUCGUACAAAAUACCUAAUUGUUAUAUGUGCCAUGAUAUCAAAUAAAUUUCAAACGUUCAUUGUCUACCUAUA